AUGAACCUUCUUUUUCACCUUUUCUUCGUCUUCCUUCUUCGUUUCUCAAAUGGGUUUUCAGAUCUUGAUGCACUCUUGAAGCUCAAAGCUUCAAUGGUGGUGCCACCGGCCAGGUCUGGAUUGGAUGACUGGAAACCACCUCAAUUUAACUCCAUUGUUCCCGAUUCACAUUGUAAGUUUUCAGGAGUUUCCUGUGAUGAAAACUCUCGUGUCACGUCGUUGAUCAUCUCCAAUGUUCCUCUUUAUGGUACCAUCCCGCCGGAGAUUGGGAUUUUGAACAAGCUUGUUAAUCUCACUCUUGUGUCUGGCAAACUCACCGGUGAACUUCCGGUGGAGAUGUGUAACCUCACUUCCAUUAGGUUUAUUAACUUCUCUGCUAAUUCAUUGACUGGAGUGUUUCCCGGUGAUAUCGUGGCUGCCAUGACCGAACUUCAAGUCUUCGAUAUUUAUAAUAAUAAUUUCAGCGGGAAGUUGCCGUUGGAGUUUGUGAAGUUAAGUCAUCUGAAAACGCUUUUUCUCGGUGGUAAUUAUUUCUCCGGGGAGAUUCCGGAGGCUUACUCGGAGUUUCGGAGUUUACAGAGUCUCGGAUUGCAAGGAAACGGACUCUCCGGCGGCAUUCCGUGGAGUUUGUCGAGGUUAUCGACGCUUGAGGAGCUUUGGCUCGGAUACUACAACAGCUAUGACGGUGGAAUUCCACCGGAAUUUGGAUCGUUCAAAUCGUUAAAACUUCUUGAUAUCGGAGGUAGUAAUCUCUCCGGUGAGAUACCGGAGAGCCUCGGGAAUUUGAAAAUGUUACAUACACUGUUUCUUCAAUUCAACAAUUUCACCGGCGAAAUACCGCCAACACUGGCAGGGUUGACCAGUUUGAAGUCGCUUGAUCUCUCUAACAAUAAUCUCACCGGAGGAAUACCGGAGAGUUUUUCAGAAUUGAAGAAUUUGACGUUGUUGAAYCUGUUYCWCAACCAUCUCGCCGGUCCUCUUCCUCCGUUCAUCGGGGAUCUCCCGAAUCUGGAGGUGCUUCAGUUAUGGGAGAACAAUUUCACGUUUUCACUACCGGAGAAUCUUGGCCGGAACGGCAAGCUUCUUAAACUCGACGUCACCGGAAACCAUUUGACCGGAACAAUUCCAGAAGAUUUAUGCAAAGGAGGGAAGCUACGAACUUUGAUUCUAAUGGAAAAUUACUUCUUCGGUCCGUUACCGGUAAAGCUCGGAAGCUGCAAGUCGUUAACAAAGAUUCGAAUCAUGAAGAAUUUCUUCAACGGGACUAUUCCUGCCGGAAUCUUUAACUUGCCGGCGCUCACCAUGCUUGAGCUUGACGACAACUAUUUCAGCUGUGAACUUCCGGCGGAAAUGUACAGCGAGUCUCUUCAAAGUGUUUCGAUAUCUAACAACUGGAUCACCGGAAAAAUACCUCCGGCGAUUGGUGGUUUGGUGAAUCUAACAACUCUCUCUCUCGAAUCAAAUAAUUUAUUCGGUGGAAUUCCGAAGGAGUUAUUUAAUCUGAAAAAGCUGUAUAAGAUUAACGUCAGUGGCAACAAUCUCACCGGUGUGAUUCCGGCUUCCAUUGGAUCCUGUUCGGAGUUAACUUCGAUCGAUUUCAGUCUUAAUGGCUUGUACGGUGAAAUUCCCAGAGGAAUUCUGAGUUUGCUAAACUUGAACAUCCUCAACGUCUCUCGUAACCAACUGAUCGGUGAGAUUCCGAGCAAAUUAGGUCACAUGAAGAGCUUGACGGUGUUGGAUCUUUCGUUCAAUCAGUUCUCCGGCAGAGUCCCCUCCGAUGGACAACUAAAGGAUUUCAAUGAUACGAUCUUCGCUGGAAAUCCUAACCUCUGUUCACCACACGUUCUUCACUGCCCAGCCAAAUCGAAGUUCGAAAGUCGUUCGAUCGCCAAAUCAAAACUCCUUAUCCCAAUUUUCGCCAUAAUUGCAAUCAUGUUAGUAAUCACAGCCAUAUUUCUCCGAAUUCGAAAGAAUAAACUCAUUGAGAAAUCCAAAAUGUGGAAACUAACUGCAUUUCAAAGGUUAGAUUUCAAAGUCGAAGAUGUUCUUGGUUGCUUGAUAGACGAGAACAUAAUCGGAAAAGGUGGAGCCGGGGUCGUUUACCGUGGCUCGAUGCCAAAUGGUGUUGAUGUUGCAAUCAAACGAUUGAUCGGCCGAAACCAUGGAUUUGACGCCGAGAUCCAAACGUUAGGAAGAAUCAAGCACCGGAACAUCGUGAGAUUACUCGGUUACGCAUCAAAUUGUGAAACCAAUCUACUUCUUUAUGAAUACAUGUCUCACGGGAGUUUGGGCGAGAUUUUGCACGGAUCGAAAGGAGCACAUUUGCAAUGGGAAACGAGGUACAAAAUUGCAGUGGAGGCCGCCAAGGGAUUGUGUUAUCUCCACCACGACUGCUCGCCAUUGAUCAUCCAUCGAGACGUGAAAUCGAACAACAUUCUGUUGGAUUCAGAUUAUGAAGCCCAUGUUGCUGAUUUUGGGCUGGCCAAGUUCUUGAGAGAUGCUGGUGCUUCUGAAUGCAUGUCUUCUAUUGCUGGAUCAUAUGGGUAUAUUGCACCAGAGUAUGCAUACACACUGAAAGUGGAUGAAAAAAGUGAUGUCUACAGUUUUGGAGUUGUACUUCUUGAACUAACCACUGGUAAAAAGCCGGUGGGGGAGUUUGGUGACGGGGUGGACAUUGUGAGGUGGGUCCGAGAGACGAUCUCGGAGAUCUCUCAACUGUCGGAUGCCGCUGCCGUGAUGUCGGUGUUGGAUUCUAGGCUCAAUGGGUAUGUUCUGUCGAGCGUUGUGGAUAUGUUCAAGAUAGCAAUGAUGUGUGUGGAGGAUGAGAGCACAGCUCGACCCACCAUGAGGGAAGUUGUUCACAUGCUAACGAACCCUCCCGCGCAUCAGCCGUGUGUAAUCGCUCGUUGAACGAACCACUUUGAUUGUACAGGAGCGACUUCUUGUGUGUUGGGAUGAAUAAACAUUGGGUGAAAUCAAAUGUACAACUUUUAUUGCAUUGAGUACAAGUCUCUUCCAUGAA